GUGCUCCUCUCGAUCGCUCUUUCCUUCGCGCUCGGCAAGGCCAUCGAGGUGUCGGGCCUCGCCGCCUCGGCCGCCUCCUCCCUCGUCGCGAUCGUCGCGCCUUUCGGCGCGCUCGCUCCCCCCCUCCCUCUCCCCUCGCCGCCUCAUCGCUCGGCCUCUGCCGCCAGGCCCCGCACGGUGGCCUCCGCAGGCUCGCUCGCCCUCCUCUUUGCAAUCUACGCGGUCGCCAUCGCCAUCGGCGCCGUCAUCUCCAACAACGCCGUCGUGGUGCUCAUGUUCCCGAUCGUCGUGCGCAUGUCGGAGGCGUCGGGCGUGCCGUGGCGCGCCGCGCUCUAUACGCUGACCAUGGCCGCCUCCGCCUCGUUCUCCACGCCCGUCUCGUACCAGACCAACCUGAUGGUGUCGCGCGACGCCGACUACGCCUUCGCCGACUUUGUGCGCUUCGGCUUGCCGCUGCAGCUCGUCUGUAUGCUCGCCACCGUGCCCACCUGCUACCUGCUCUACAAGUAG